CUCCUCCUCCCGGCCAAAACCAACAGUCAGGAGCGCUCUUAUUACAACACUGGCACUAGCAGUGCUCAUUCAUUCAAGCCGAGGCGCUCGCAGUAUUUAUUAGGGGCUCGCAGCCUCUCACUCGCCGUCUUGCCUCUGCUCAAGCCCCGCUUCGGCUCCAGCUCUUUUCAGGAAGCAGCUAGAGAAUGCUGCCCCAAGAAAUACUUUCUCUUCUUACGCUCUUCUGUGUUUUCAGGGCUUCUGUUUCUGUGCUGGAUGAAGACGAUGACUAUGAUCUCAUGUAUGUGAAUCUGGAUAAUGAAAUCGAAGGUCCGGUUCUCGGCACCGAGGAAAGUGUUUCGUGCGACCGCCAGCGAGACCACUCCGAGUGGGACAAGCUCUUCAUCAUGCUCGAGAACUCGCAGAUGAAAGAGAACAUGAUGCUGCAGGCGAUGGACGAGGUGCUGAAGGUGGACCUGCAGACCCUGAAAGCAGAGCUGAGCCAGCUCAUCACCGGCCUCGCGGGCACCUUCGCCACCGUGGCCGAGAAAGUCACCUCCCACGUCGCGUCACAGGUCGAGCAGGCGCUUGCGAGGAACAGCGAGCGGGCGGAAGAAGCCAAGAAGCUUUACGAGUCUGAGCAAGGGAAGGUUCUCGAGCGCGUUCUCCUGCUGAGCCACAACGUGUCCAGCAGGCUCGGCCGGCUGGAGAGCGCUUGGCUGAGGAGGUCUGAGGCGGAGGCUCAGGAGACAGCUUUUCAGCAGGAUAAAUUCAGUCCCGCCAGAGGAGACAACCUCCUUUUGAACUCUCUGUGGAAAGAGCUACAGCAAACCAGAGCCGAACUGAAGGUGUCGCAGACAUGGGCCGCUCAGCACUUACUGCCAGCAGGGUGUGAAACAGCAAUUCUAUUCCCCAUGCGUUCGAAAAAGAUAUUUGGGAGCGUUCACCCAACUGCUGGAAUGACCCUUCACUCCUUUACUGCUUGUAUCUGGAUCAAGGUGACUGAGGCUUUGGACAAAACUAUUGUCUUCUCCUACGGAACCAAGUUAAAUCCGUAUGAAAUCCAGCUUUAUCUCAGCCGGGAGUCUGCAGUGCUUGUUGUUGGUGGUGACCAGCACAAGUUAGCUGUCAAAAAUGUGGUUGUUCCCGGGAAGUGGCUCCAUCUCUGCGGUGCCUGGAGCUCGGAGAAUGGAUCCGCGUCCCUGUGGGUGAAGGGAGAGCUCGCAGCCACCGCCUUGGAUGUUGCUGAUGCUCACACCGUGCCAGACGGAGGGAUUUUGCAGAUCGGUCAAGAAAAGAACGGUUGCUGCGUCGGAGGUGGAUUUGACGAAGCUUUAGCGUUCUCUGGAAAAUUAACAGGCUUUAACAUGUGGGACAGAGUGCUCAGCGCCAAAGAGAUAGCAGCGCAGAGCGGGGAAGAUGCGUGCAGUAUCAGGGGCAACAUCAUCGGGUGGGGAGUCACAGAAGUUCUGCCGUAUGGAGGAGCCCAGUAUGUUUCUUAAGUUCUGGCGAGGCAGUUUCUGAAGCAGAGAAUGUAGUUCAUGAAGAGCUGAACACCAGUACUUACAAGUAAACAGAGCCAUAGGAGCCCGUGUCUCGAAUUCCCAAGGAAGAUUAGCAUUGAAAGUUUACAAAAUUAGGAACUGUGGACAUCAGAUUUGAUCUCUGCCUGCUGUUUUGGCAAAGCAUUGGAAAAAAAAAAAAACAAAACAAAACAAAACAAAACAAAAAAAAACAAACCAAAA